CCCCUUGUCCCCGCCGGCCGCACUUCCAGGCCUUGCCGCCCGCCCUGCCCCGGGGACUCUGGCCCCGACGGGAGCCCCACGCCCCGGGGACAAGGCGGGGACCCGCGGGCGCCCCCAGUGUGCGCUCGCCCUCUCCGUGCCGCGCUCUGCAUUUACAUAUUUCACCUUUGGGGGUAGGACGGAACGACACCCAACGGAAGGCCACUGGGCAUUCCUCGUCCCUGAGGAUACUGGGCAGGAUCCCCGGGGAGGGGGCGCUUGAGCCCCGGGGCUGGAGGCGGAGGAGCCGCGCCAGGCGCGUGGGCUGCAGCCCCGAGUGCCCGCACCCCGCCUGCCACCCCCGGGUCACUCGGCCGUCCCGGGGUCCUCGGUGCCCUGCACGGUCCUCCAGGGCAUAAGAGAUGCCGGGCUGGGCCCACGAGGACACUGCUGUCGCUUCACCGACACUGAGUCCUGGCGGGGCAGAGCUCGGACACAAACGGCGGCAGAGAAAACAGGUGCCACCGCUAGAGAAGGACGAUGACCAGAGAAGCGAAGAAGCUGUUGGUGCUACUGAGAGUCCUGAAGGGGAAAUCGCCAGCGAAGGGGAGGUGGAAAUGGGUUUGGAAGUGACAGCUGGAGAGGAAGCCGCCACUGGAGGGGAAGUUGAAUCCCUUGGGGACACCGAGGAGGAAGGUGAAUUCUAUUCCAAUGUGGAAGUCACAAACCCUGAAGGGCAAAUCAGUUCUACGGAUCUGACUUAUUCACAUACCGGUCCUGGGGAUGUGCCUGUAGGGGGAGUUGGCCCCACACACCCGCAGGGAAGGAUGAAAAUAGAAGGUGGCCUUGAAGAGUCCUGCAGAGAAGCUACCCGUCCAUCAGAAUCAAGAGAACUAGGGGUUGUCUCCGCAGAGCCAUCCCAGGGAGUCUUAGCCUCAUCCGGACCCACAGUUAGCACGUCGUCAAAAUCCCAAGAAGUGCUCCAGAGGGUGGCCUUUCCUAUGGGGACACAACACCACUUCAGAAUGAGCCGCGGGAGCAGCAUUGUGUCCUCGGACAUAGACGAACUCUUCCUGAGCACAGAGGAGCCCUUGGUGCAGGAGCCAGCAGAGUUCGAUGAGCCCCCCAGGGAAGGAGACCUGCCGCCGUUCCUGGACAGGAUCCAACAGCUCGGCACCGAGGAAGAGGCCACGGGGGAAAGAACGGAGUCCGAGGGGAGUGCCGAGGCUGAAGGCGAGGAGUCCCAAGUGAUGGUUUUGGACCCAGAUCACCCGCUCAUGAUGAGAUUCCAGGCUGCCCUGAAGAGCCACCUCACCCGGCAGAUAGAAAAGCUGAAGCUGGAACUUCAAGAGCUGGGCGUGGCCACCAAGCAAAGCCAAAUCCAGCGGCAGGAGCUGGGAGUGAAUCUCUACGGGUUGCAGCAGCAGCUGGCCCGCCUGCAGAUGCAGCUGGAGACCAGCCACGACCGCCACUCCACCACAGCGUGCCAGAGGCGGCAGAAGGAGGAGGAGCUGCAGAGCGUGCGCCUGCUCUACGACAAGACCUGCGCAGCCGCCGGCGACGAGCGCAGGAAGCUGGCAGCUCUGCAGACGGAGAUGGAGAACUUGGCGCUGCAUCUCUUCUACAUGCAGAAUGUCGACCAGGAUGUGCGUGACGACAUCCGUGUGAUGAGACAGGUGGUGAAGAAGGCUGAAGUGGAGAGGAGGCGGGCAGAACUCGAGAAGAAAAAACAGGACCUCUUCGUGGACCAGCUCACCACCCGAGCCCACCAGCUGGAAGAAGACAUCGCUCUGUUUGAGGCCCAGUACCUCGCCCAAGCUGAGGACACCCGGGUUUUAAGGAAAGCGGCAAGCGAGGCCUUCACGGAAAUAGACGCCAUAAACAUGGAGAAAAAGCACGUCCUGCAGCAGUGGGCCACCAGCCUGGUGGGCAUGAAGCACCGCGACGAGGCCCACAGGGCCAUCCUGGAGGCACUCAGGGAAAGCCAGCACCAAGUCAGGUCCAUCGAUGGUGAGAUCGAAGCCUACAAGAAGUCCAUCAGGAAGGAGGAGGGAAAGAACGAGAAGUUGGCUGGCGUCCUGCACAGAGCAGAGACGGAGGCCAGCCUAAUGCAGAAGCUGACCGCCCAGUGCCUGACCAGACAGGAGGCCCUGCAGAAUGAGUUCAGCACCUACCAGCUCACCCUGCAGGACGUGGAGGACGCCCUGAGCAAGGGCCAGCAGGAACACGCAGUAGUCAUGGGGGAAUCGAAGGCCGUCCACCAAGCCAUCCGCAGCGAGCUGGAGCACAGGAGAAGGAUGGAGGCCUCCAUCAUGGAGAAGCUGCAGGAGCACACAACCUCCAACAAGAUGACCAAGUACUUCAGCCAGCUCCUCCUGCGGCUGCAGAAGGAGAAGACUAACAUGGUGACACAUCUUUCCAAAAUCGACGGCGACAUUGCUCAGACCACCCUGGACAUCACCAACACCAGCUGCAGGCGGGACAUGCAUCAGAAGACGCUCGCCGAGCUGGACAAGGAGGUGGAGAAGGUUAAUGAGCUCAUCAGCAGCAGCAAGAACGAGCUGGCCCGGCGCAGCACCCUGAUCGAGCGGAAGCAGGGCUUCCUCAACCUCCUCACCAAGCAGCUGGAGCACAUGGUUUCUGAGAUGGGGGGGGAAGAAGUCGGACCCCUCGAGCUCGAAAUCAAAAGGCUGACCAAGCUGAUCGAAGAACACAGCAGCAGCAUUACCCAGGCCCAGGUGACCUGGCUCCGCCUGCAGCAGGAGAUGGUCAAGGCCGUGCAGGAGCGCGAGGAGCAGCUGGUCUCCGUGAACAUGCUCAGGAAGGAGAUCCACAUCCUGGAGCAGAAGAAACUGCGGGUAGAAAACAAGAUUGACCAGGAGAAGAAGGAGCAAAAGGAAAUUGAACGCCACAUGAAGGACCUGGACAAUGACCUGAGGAAGCUCAAUGUGCUGAUGAGCAAAAACCGCUGCAGCUCGGAGCAGCUGCAGCAGGACAACCUGGUGACCGAAAACGAGUUCGUGCGCUCACUUAAGGCCUCUGAGAGGGAGACCAUGGAGAUGCAGGAGAGGCUGGACCAGCUCACCGAGGACAAGGCGGCCGUCCUGAGCAACCUGGUGGAAGCAGAACAUCAGAUCAUGCUUUGGGAGAAAAAAAUCCAGCUGGCAAAAGAGAUGCGCUACUCAGUGGAUUCUGAGACUGGCCAGACGGAGAUACCAGCCAUGAAGGCCGAGAUCCACAGAAUGAAGAUCAAGCACGGGCAGCUGCUGAAGCAGCAGGAGAAGAUGGUCCGUGACAUGGAGCUGGCCAUCUCCCGCAGAGAGACCAUUGUGGCCCAGGCCGAGGGUCAGGGCAAGAUGGACAAGAAGGUGCUCACGCGGACCGGCUUCCACCAGAAGCAGACUGAGCUGCGACGGAAGAUCAGGGACACUCACCAGGCCACUGAGGAAUGCACCAAAACCAUCUUGGAGCUGGAAGAAACUCAGAAACUUUUGAGCAACUCCCUCCUAGAGAAGCAGGAAAAACUGUCAGUGAUGCAAUCGGACUCUGAUGUGCUCGAAGCUGACCUCGAGCGGCUCGUGGCCCUCAAGCGACAGAACCUCUCGGAGAUCGUGGCCCUGCAGACACGCCUUAAGCACCUGCAGGCGGUGAAGGAGGGGCGGUACGUGUUCCUGUUCCGCUCCAAGCAGUCCCUGCUGCAGGAACGCAGGCGCCUGGAUGACCGGCUGGCUCUCAUCGGCACCAUCCUCGCCCACGUGCAGGACGAGUAUCCCCAGUUCCAGGAGGCCCUGCACAAGGUCAGCCAGGCCAUUGCCAACAAGUCACCAGGGUCUGCCUAGAGAGCAGUCAGGACCCCACCUUCCAAGGCUGACCCCUGGAGAAGAGAUCUGGAAUACUGUUUUUUAUCACAGACUUAGAAUCUUUGUGUGUUACUAAAAACCAUGUGUACCCUCAGAAUGACAUUGUUGAAAAGAAAUAGGCCAGCCCCGCAGGAAUUUUUUUUU